AUGACAGACCACCCUGUUUUCUCAAACGACCCUACCCAUAACGACGUCUACGAAGAGGAGGACGAAGAAGAGGAACUCUCAGAAGCUGAAGAAGAAGAGGACGUUGAAGGCGAAGAAGAAGAGGAAGAAGAUGAGGAAGAAUCUCUCGUUUCCGAGUCUUGGAUAUCCAACUUUUGCUCUGUCAUUGGUCACGAGUACUUUGCCGAAGUAACCGAGGAGUUUAUCGAGGAUGACUUCAACCUCACCGGCCUUUCUGCCAUCGUUCCGAUGUAUAAGGAGGCGCUAGAAAUGAUCUUAGACGUUGAGCCUGAUGAUUCAUCCGAUGAAGCGUCAGAGGUUGACUUAGAAAGCGAUGCAUACAAUAACGGUGCCGCCGCCCGGAAGAAGGCUGCAAGGAUGGGUGCUGGUACAGCCGGCAAUAUCGCACUGAUUGAAAGCUCGGCAGAAAUAUUGUACGGUCUCGUUCACCAGAGAUAUAUUCUCUCUCGCCCGGGGAUGCAACAAAUGUACGAAAAGUAUCUCGCCGCCCAUUUCGGUCAUUGUCCCAGAUUUUUCUGCAACAACGCCCGCGUCCUCCCUUGUGGUUCCAACGAUACCCCGAAUAUCGACACCGUGAAGCUCUUUUGUCCAUGCUGCUUGGACGUUUACACGCCACCCAAUUCAAGAUUCCAACAAGUAGAUGGCGCUUUCUUCGGUACCAGCUUUGCUAGCCUGUUCCUUAUGACAUUCACAGAUAUCGAUUAUAGUGCUCCGAGUCACAAGACACCUGCACAAAUCCCGCCGGUGGCUAGGAAACCUGGCGCACUUGUCUCCGCGUCGACAUUGAACUCCGGUGCAUCUGGAUCCGCUUCAUCCUUGCCGCCACAGCCUGCUAAUCUAAACGGAUUCGCUGCACAAAAUAUCGCGCCAGGGUUGGGAGUACACAGGCAAUAUGAGAUGAAAAUCUACGGGUUUAAAGUUAGCGAGAGGAGUAAAAGUGGGCCCAGGAUGAAAUGGUUGAGGAUCAGACCCGAAGAUAUGAACUUGUUGGAUGAAAUGACACGUGCCGAGAUGAGAAGGACAGGAAGGUUAAGAAAGAAGAAGAAGAAGCCAGUAAGGGAUGAGGACGGGAUGGACAUGUCUCCAGGGCCACAAGAAUCGUUAGAGCAAAGAAGGACGAUUAAGAAGCCAGUAAGGAGGAUAAGUAAAGCUUGA